UGGGUAGAACCCACCUUGAUGUAACACCCCCGGCAGGAACGAAGUGCGCAUGCGCUUUGAAAACACAUCUCAUAACCAGAAUGGAUGAACUUGUUCUCUCCGCUGUUACGGGAUUAACAAACGGCUCCUAAUGGGGAAAGGUUGUAAAGUGGUGGUGUGUGGCCAGGCAGCGGUCGGGAAAACAGCUAUCCUGGCCCAGCUGCUGUACGGAAACCACACCUUAGGUUCAGAAUCCUGUGAGACACAAGAAGACGUGUAUGUGGCUUCAGUGGAAACUGAUCGAGGUGUCAAGGAACAGCUGAGACUCUACGACACCAAAGGACUCCAAGAAGGACAAGACCUCCCCAAGCACUACUACUCAGUGGCGGAUGGCUUCAUACUGGUUUACAGCGUUGACAGCCUGGAGUCCUUCAGGAGAGUGGAUGUUCUGAAGAAGGAGAUAGACAAGUCCAGAGACAAGAAAGAGGUAGCCGUUAUCGUGCUGGGGAACAAAAGCGAUCUGCAGGAGUGCCGUCAGGUGGACCAGGAGACGGCGCAACAGUGGGCACGGGGUGAGAAGGUCAAGCUGUGGGAGGUGACCGUUGCUGAACGUAACUCGCUCAUCGAACCCUUCACCCAGCUGACCAGCCGCCUCACGCAGCCUCAGAGCAAGUCGGCCUUCCCUCUGCCUGGACGCAAAAGCAAAGGAACCGCGUCCAAUGAUAUAUGACCCCCCAGCUCACCAACUUAUCAACACGGACUCUUGACCUUUAACCCAAAUACACACACUCAUCUACAGCAUUAGCUUUACAUGCUAACUCUGCACUCCUACAGCUAGCUUCCUCUUUCAGAUCUCCUGUUUUCCACCCACUCAGACAGGAAGUGAAAAAACAGACUUCCUCCAUCUGAGACGCAGUUAGGACCACUUCCUGGUGUUUCACAUCACAUUGUUUCCCAGACUCUGGGAUGGUGCAGACAAAAGCGGAGUUCUCAGAGGUCAAAUGGUUAGCUUUGUCUUUGCUUGGGUCUUUAUGGUGAGCUACAGAGGUUCUGCUACCAAGCUCAUUCUAGGACAACAAUCCAAAAUACUUCAAAAGUUCUCCUGACCUGCACUCCUGCUGCAGGUCACCAGUUCUAAUCAGUGUUUUUACGUGUACGGCCAUGCUGGUUUAUAGUUUUGACCAUCCACAUCCCUGCAGUGUUUCAGCCAACUAAGGGCUUCAUGGAGCCAAACACAGACUGCUUGGAUUUCUUCUUUACUGAACCCAGGAUUGCCCUGCAGCAGUUCUCUAUGAACGCACAUGUGUAAUUCCAUCCAUCUAAACCAAUCCCAAACAUGUGGCUGGGCUCUAAAUCAGCCCAAAAACUGAAUCUGGUACAUCUGGGGAGGAAGGCCACAGCAGCACGCUGCACUUUGGUUUCUGUUAGAGAUUCACUUAGUGCACUUAGAUUAGAUUAGAUUAUUGCUGUCGAAUAUGGGGGAAAGGACCAAUUUUAGCAUCAGCAAGUUCAAAACCCCUUAGAUUUAGUUCUGAGAAUUCUUUUCUCCAGCACACAGAUGUUCUACACGUGUGCUGGAGAGUCCAGCUGUACAUCUUGACCCAUAUUUGUGUUGGAGCAAAUUUAUGAUUUCGGAAGAUUCCGAACCUGGAACCUGGAUUUAUCCCUGACCAUCUCCGUUUGCAUCCUGUUGACUUCAUGUCCCAGCCAGAUGGAGCAACGCCUCAUAAAAGCAGCAGAACCCAACAACACCUGGAGGUUCUGGUUCCUGCGUUCAGUAAAAAGGACGAGUGGUACCCCAAAGUCCAGCCCGAGAUCCAACAGACCAGAAUUUGUGGGGUUCCCUAAGAGAGAAUGUCUACGGAGGACAUGACUCUCAUGGAGAUCCAAAGUUCUACUGGGUCAGAACCACUUAAGAGAGGAGAGAAUGGGUCCAGUUGAUCUGAAUUAGGUUGGAACAAACUCACAACGUCUCUGUUGUGAAUUUGAUCCUACACAAACACGAGUAGAGAGACACAGCUGGAACAGAGUGGAAGCAUCUAGAACAUCUGGAUGCUGAAGCAGGAACGUUUCAACAGCAUCAAAGAGUUUUGGACCAUCUGAUGAUACAGUCAGAACUCUUAUGUUGGUGUGAAAACCCUGAAGGUCGUGAGAGGUUAGGACUAGACUAACAGCUGCAUGCUCGGUCAACUCUCCUGGUCAGAUUCAUUCAUUCAUUCAUUCAUUCAUUCAUUCAUUCAUUCAUUCAUCUCUGGCCGGCUUUAGCAGGGCUGGCAGCAAUAAUGUCCAUGGUACUGGUAGACUUGCACUUAUGUUGCCUGACUGAGCUGUUAACCGUAGAGAUAAUCAGUGUUCAGAGCAAAUAUUUAUUUUUUAACUAACUUAUUUUUGUCACUUUAAUGAACCACAGUCCUUGACUUGAAAAAAUGCUGCCAGAGUCAGUGAUGGUCUUUUAAUUUCAGUGUUCGUGUUCUUCAGCUUAUUCUGCUCGUAUAAUCUACAAAAUGAAGCCUCUUGAUAUUAAAAACCUGUGAAACUCGA